GAACUACGGUUAUGUGACGUAGACGAUUCAACAUGGCGCGGGAAACCGGGGAAGAAAUGGCGAUGGAAACACAGGAUGGAGUUCAAACUGACCCUGAAAACCAGGACCUGGCGCGUUUAAAACUGUACGAAACACAGUUUUUUGGCUUCACUCCACAGACUUGUAUGUUGCGGGUCUAUAGCGCCUUUCAGGACUGCCUGUACGACAUUUUACCCGUUGUAGAGAAGGUGUGUGUCAGACAGCUGAGUAAAGGCGGGUCCGAGGGAUCCGAGGAGCAGCUUCGGUCCCGGGCCAGGGAGUGCAGCCGAAAACUGCAGCAGUUCCUCGAUGAGAGGUUCAAGCAGCUCUCGGUGCGGAUAGAGGCUCUGCUGCUGGACCGCUGCUUCUCCGUGCCGCCAAACGUCCUCCUGCCAGAGGACCAGUCCCACAAGAACUACCCCCAACACCUCCAGGUGGGUACAAAGCCGGAGCUUUCACAUGCCUGGUUUGUGCUGUCCGUAAAGUUAGACAGAGUCGACAAUUAUUCUAUUUUAACCUUUUUUUCUAACUCAGUUGAAGAUUUCUUUAAAACCAUGUAUUUGGGUCAAAACUGUAAUUGAUUUGGACUCUGAAUACCGAUUCAGUACCAGCAAGAUACCUACAAAUAAAAACCGUUUACUACUAAUCCCGGUAACUAGGGCUGGGCGAUUUGGGAAAAGUUUAUCACGGUAUAUUUUUUUCACCUCAGUUGAUAUCAAUAUAUAUCACAAUAUAAAAAAAAAUUCUGUUAAGGUCCUAAGACUCUGGGAGUGUUUUUAUCGUGCAAUUAUUUCAGACGUCAAUAUUUUUUUGAACCCGUAUUCUGUCGAUACAACCAUUAACAUCAGCUGUGUUUUCCCGUUCUGCAAUAUUGCGGCAUUUAUUUUCAGAUUGCGUGUUGUUGCGACGUCUGAUUCACUGGUAUAUCCAAAAUAUCCAGCAUAUCCGACCGGCUGAUUGUUUACGUGUCGGAAACAGAGUGCUACCAAUAGAUACAAACAUUACAAAGAUAACGACCUGAAGAACAACUUGUGGAGAGUCGUUGCGUUGUAUCUCUCAUAUGAUGAUGAUUUAUCAAAAAGCACUCUGUUGUCUGACACUUAAACAAUCAGUCAGUCGGCCAUGUUGAAUAUACCGGUGAAUCAGACGUCUCAACAACAAGCAAUCUGAUUGGUCAGAAGUGGACACACAGUCUGCAAAACUUUAGAAAAAUCGACCAUGAUCCAAAAAAAUAAAUGCCGCAAUAUCGCAAGAUGGCAAAACGUCGCUGAUGUGAACGCUUGUAUUGACAGGAUACGGGUUUGAAAAAAAAUAUUGAUUUCAGAAAUAAUUGCAUGAUAAAAACAGUCCCGGGGUGAAAGGACCUUUACUCUUAAAUGAAAUUUAAAUGUAUGUUUUGUUUAACCCCUGGUGUAAAUUUUAAUUGGGUAAAUACUAAGCAAAGGCAGUGAAACUGUCAUACUUAACAUAUUACACCUUGAAUGAAAUGAAAUUUAAGAGUGCUUAUGGUAGCAUGUCUUUACGAUACAAUACGUUACUACAUCUCUGAGGUCUUUGUGUCUCUUCGACGUUGUGCUAGAGACAAUGGACUGAAUAGACGGCUGUUUCGACCACACAGGCGCAACGGGCUCCUUGCGCUGCUCAAGAUUUGUAAGCUUUUGCAUUGCGCAUGCUCUGGCGCAUGGCAGUGCUUCAGGUGGUGAGAAAAUUUGAGGUAUUCCCUGACCUGUACUCAAACAUGUACUCAACAUAAUUUGCAGUGCGCAUUACUCUGCUUCAUUCGUAUAGUCUACCAAAACAUGGCAGAAUGCCGACCAUCAAAAGCAUAUUAACCAAGUUUUAUAUCGAUAUCGAGGGAAAUUAAUUUUGAUAUAUAUCGUUAUCUUUUUAUCGCCCAGCCCUACCUGUAAUGUAUGGAUGUAAUGUUAUUGUUGUUAUUCUUGUGUCCCAUGGCCCAGAAAAUGUUUUACAUCAGAAAACUGUAAUUUAUAGGGUAGUUCAACAUCACGACUGAGAAGAAACAUUUUGUGAACUCCUCAUUUUAGAUUACUUCAGCACAAGUCACUGAUGUAGACUCCUGAGAUGAGAAACACAGGAGUCUAAACUUUAAUGUUUCAUUUCUGCUUCUUUGAGUUUCAUUAUUUUGUUGAGUUGAACAUGAUGGGAUUUUUUUUUUUUAUCUGUCUGCAAUCUGACUGUGGUUCUGCUGCAUCCAGGAGGUGCUGAGGCUGGAGUCAUCCCUCGUGGAUCUCCAGGGUGCUUAUGAAGCAGAGGUCUGUGCCAGACAGGCCCUGCUGGCUGAGUUGGAGGAGCAGAAAAAGGUGCAGAAGCAGCUGGAUGGAGUCCUGAUGUGGGUCAGAGAGCUCCAGGAAGCCUGGGUGAAGGAAGGUAACGGCAGCUUCCAGGAAAGUUUCCGGCUGGUGAUGGAUUCUGUAAAGAGACUGCAGGAGGCUGUCAGGGAGGUCUGUCAUAAGGCACCUCACUGAAUUGAGCUAUUUGUAAACAAACAGAACAACAUUACUACACGCGUAUCCUGUUUUUAUUCUCUCUAAAGGACUGAAGAAUUCAGAUGACAUUGGUUUCCAUAAGGAGACAAAAAGUUAUUCUAUCCACUGAAUAUUUGACCCCCUUUUUGCCUGUUUUAAAAAUAAAUUUUGUAGAUAAUAAAUCACCAAUGAAUUUGCGCUUUAAACAACUGAUGAAACAAGACCUUCAUAACUUCGGCUAAAUUGAAGUUUCUAGUUAAAACUUAACGCUGGUUUUGUUGAACUGGACAGUAACUUCUGGCUGCUGUUAGUCAUCAAAACACCUGUGAAAAGAUCACCCUAAAUAACCUCAAAGCUGUCACAAUUUAACCAAAACAACUCAUCAUAUGACUCAGCUACUACUAACCUACCUUUCACAGUGAAAUGUAAAUAUUAAAGCAGAUGGAUGAGUUUA